AUGGGUAGAAAGAAGUUGGAAAUAAAGCGAAUCGAAUCGAAGAGUUGUAGGCAAGUAGCCUUCUGUAAACGCAGAAAAGGUUUAAUUAAGAAAGCAAAAGACCUUUCCACUCUAUGCGAUGUCGAUGUUGCUGUUGUUAUAAUCUCCAAUCGUGGCACCCUCCAUGAAUUCUCCAGCACCAACAGUCUUACAGGGAUCCUUCAACGAUACGAAACGCACGUCGAAGCAGAAAAAGAGAACUCUCCAGAAAUCCAGGUCACAGAGCACACUAAAUACUCGAGCAUGACAACGGGAGAACUGCUACAAGAAACAGAAAGGCAACUCGAGGAAACUAAUACUGAUGGUCCCGCUGUAACUGACCUUGUCCAUUUGGAAAACGAACUUCAAACUGCUCUAAUGCAAAUCAGAUUUAGAAAGACACAGUUGAUGCUUGAAUAUGUUAAGAAUCUUCAUGACAAGGAAAAACUGCUACGAGAGGAAAAGAAACAAAUGGAAAAAAAUAGAGCUCGGAUGAAGAAAAACAGAAAAAUGAAUGAGAUAUCUGACCUUCCACCACAGAGGGUGACCCUCAAUUUUCUCUAG